CCAGAGUCAUUUUGUGAAUGAAAUAAGGAGGUGUUCCGAUGCAUCGAAACGGGCUGUUAACUUUUUUGGGACUAUUCUCCGUAUCAUGUAGGAUUUAACCUGAAUCAAUGAGGGGAGAAGCAGAGAUGAGGAGACGACUGUUUGGGAUUACUAUCAUCAUGUUGGCUUUGGUUCACACCAGUCUCGAGACUUGGAUGUAUCUAGGCGUUGCCUCCCUUGCCGGCUCGCUGCCAAACAAGGACGACGCCUGCUCGCAAACAACAGGACUGGUCAACCAACAGAUAGAACUUUGUAAAGACAAUCCGCAGGCUCUACCCUGCAUUCAAAAUGGCGCAAAGCGAGGAAUUCUCGAAUGUUUCUUCCAGUUUCAGAAUGAACGAUGGAACUGUAGCCUCAUUCAGAAACAGAGUGCCGGGUUUGGACCCUUGAUAAACAGACGAACCAAGGAGACGGCAUUUAUCUACGCGGUGACGAGUGCAGGGGUGGUCCAUGCCGUCACACAGUCCUGUAGCGCGGGAAACCUCACUGACUGUUCCUGUUUCGACAUGAAGGACCACAAAUUCCCGGGAAGCAUACAGAAACGAGGCGAGCCGGGUGCAACGGAAAUUUGGAAGUGGGGCGGGUGUAGCGAUAAUGUGGAAUAUGGGAUUUGGUUUGGCCGGACUUUCGUAGAUGCAUCAGAGACUAUGCAAACUCUGGAUGGAAAGGGCGUAAAAAAUAUGGUGAAUCUCCACAAUAAUGAGGCAGGAAGAAAGCUCAUACAACAAGGCAUGAAGAUAAAGUGUCGCUGCCACGGCGUCUCGGGUUCAUGUACGGUGAAGACGUGUUGGCGGACCAUGCCCACAUUCCGGGACAUUGGUGAUCUGCUGAAAAAGAAGUACGAACAUUCCAUCCAGGUGGCGCCGCGAUCGAGGAAGAAACUGAGAAGGAAAGAAAAGGAGUUACGGAAAAUGAAAAUUCCAGGGGAAGAUUUAGUGUUUUCUGAUCAUUCGCCGGAUUAUUGCCGCCCUGAUCAGAAGCGGGGAAUCAUAGGGACAAGGGGGAGGGAGUGUAAUAAGACAUCUAUUGGCCCCGACAGUUGUAACUUGUUGUGUUGCGGACGAGGUUAUAAUACCCGAAUUGUCCGCAAGGUGGAGCGAUGUCAGUGUAAGUUUGUUUGGUGCUGCUACGUGAAGUGUAAGAUCUGCGAAUCAAUGAUUGACAGAUAUACUUGCAAGUGAGCCACGACAUAAUGGCAUAAUCAGUGUUUUAUUUUACGAAACGGACGGACAUUCACAAUGUACACCCGUGUCGUCACAACCAUAGCAGCUAAACUAAAAGCGCACAAACGGUGAGCGCGCACACUGCGUAAAGUGCGUCUCCAAACCGUGUUUAGCGCCACUAACACUUUAAGUGGAAACUGGACAAUCAUUAUCUAACUAUAUUCAGUGUGCAAAUAAGGGUGUGGUAUGGACUGGCUGGAUGCAUCGUGAGUGUGAACUUGGCUACAAAACUUAAAGUGAUGGCUAAAUGAACAACAAUGCCAUCUGGGGAAGAUAACAAGAAAGAUUUGCGAGUUUGAUAUGUUCCGCUGGCCCGCUUUCAGCCGCUACAGGUGGUGCAUGUACCAAUAAAUGGCUGUUGUUGGACUAUACAUAUGAUUAAAUAACUGCAGACAUUGAGGUUCGAAUGGGGAAGGUAUAGGGUGUUAAAUGAUGGCAACAAGUCAGAGAUUGAAAGAGAAUCGCAUAUUUGCCAUUGACCUCAUUCAAAUGAAAAUAAAGUACAAGUUUGCACAAGAAUGGCAGAUGUUUCGACACUGCAUUGAAAACCUUCAUUUACAAAGAACUGCUAACACUACCUUUCGUCUAUUAUGUAAAAAGUGUAAA